CAGCAGAGAAGGCAGCACCGUACACCAACGUGAUCAUGCCCAGUCUCUUCAGCAUCAUCUGUUUCCUGGGCAUUGUGGGGAACCUCAUUGUCAUCUACACUAUCAUCAAGAAGAAGAAGCUGAGAUGCAAACAGACUGUGCCUGAUAUUUUCAUCUUCAACCUCUCCAUUGUGGAUCUUCUCUUCCUCUUGGGCAUGCCCUUCCUCAUCCACCAGCUUCUAGGCAAUGGCUCGUGGUAUUUUGGAGCUCCUCUAUGCACCAUCAUCACUGCCCUGGACACCAACAGUCAGAUCACCAGCACCAACAUCCUUACAGUGAUGACACUGGACCGUUACCUGGCAACUGUCUACCCUCUAAAAUCUACCUACGUUCGAACCCCGUGUGUUGCAGCUUUAGUUAUCUGCUUGGUGUGGCUCCUCUCCUUCCUGACCAUCAUUCCUGUGUGGAUGUAUGCAGGUCUUAUGCCUCUGGAGGACGGGACUGUCCGUUGUGCUCUCUUGCUUCCCAACCCAGAGACUGAUAUCUACUGGUUUACCCUCUACCAGUUCAUGCUGGCAUUUGCUGUGCCAUUGAUUGUGAUCUGUGUGGUCUAUUUUAAGAUCCUCCAGCACAUGGCCACCACUGUGGUCCCGUUGCCCCAGAGGAGCCUCCAGGUACGUACCAAGAAAGUCACCCGCAUGGCAGUUGCUAUCUGCUCUGCCUUUUUUAUUUGUUGGGCUCCCUUCUACAUCCUUCAGCUGGUUCACCUUGGCAUCGACACACCAUCCAUGGCCUUCUUUUAUGCCUACAACUUUGCCAUUAGCUUGGGCUAUGCCAACAGCUGCCUCAAUCCUUUCCUCUACAUUACUCUCAGCGAGACCUUCAAGCGCCAGUUCUUAGUGGCCAUCCGCCCUGCAAAAGAGCCAUGUCGCAACAGCAGCUCUGUCAACAACAACAGCAUGACAGAGGCUAGUGUAUGUCUAAAACUGGCACCAGAAUCCACCCAGCAGACUCAGUUUCUGGAGGACUUUUCCCCACGGUCACUGCCUGUGACUGUGGCUGUUCACUAG